UAUACAUUGUCAAGUUACAUUAAUUUUCGGCUUUGCAUAAAAUAUUAAAUAGACAUUUUAUAUAUUUUUAAACAAUAAACUUCACCUAAAUCCAGUUUUGUGAAAUAUAAUAGUUCGCAAAAUUAGUGUGUAAUGUCGAAGGAAUCUACUGAAUCAAAACAAACAAGGUUAUGUGGAUUAUGCGAUGAUAAACCAAGUAAAUACUGCUGUCCACGGUGCGAAAUUUUCUACUGCUCACUCGACUGCUACAAAUCAGAAAAACACGAAGGAUGCUCGGAAAGUUUUUACAGAGAAUGCGUUAAUGAAGAGUUAGCGUCAUAUCAAGUUGGUGAUGAUGCUAAAACCAAAAUGAUUGACAUUUUGAAAAAAAUGCACGAGAAUGAAGAUGAUCACGUAGAUGAAAUUGAAAAUGUCGAAGAAAUAGACUCGGAUGACGGUUCUGAGAUAGAUUUGCAUACUAGGAUUCAAGACUUAAACUUAGACGAUCCAGAUGCUCUUUGGAAUGCAUUAACAGAAGACGAGAGAAAUGAUUUUGAAGCCAUGCUUAAUCAAGGUGAUGUUGGCACUUUAAUACCUCAAUGGGAGCCAUGGUGGUUAUUUACAAAAGAAAAAAAACUUAUAGACGAUGUAAAAGAAUCAAAUGAAGAAACAGAAGCAUUAAAAAAAUGCCCUGAAAUAAAGUCUGUACCAAAGUUCACUUCACUCACUACGGUCAAACCAUCGCCAGCUAUAAGAUUUAACAUGGCAAAUAUAGUAGCUUCAUAUGCCUUCAUCAUGAGAUAUUUUAAUGGUGAAAUAGAACCAAUGGAAGCUGGAUCUUAUUUACUAGAAAUUUGUACUAAUUUAAAUUCGAAUAAUAACUUUGAUGAUCCUGAAUCGGCGGUUGAAUCAGUAGCACAGAGGUGUCUACAGAGUGAAUUAAUACAAACGGACGAAGCAAGUUUAGAUGUAAUGAGAAAUGACACAUUACAAAUAUUACAAGGGCCGAGUGAAGAAAAUAAAUUGCAUUACACUAAAGCAACUUUCUCUCAUGUAAUUCAAAUAUUUACGGAUACAAAAUCACUAUGUAGAAGAAAUAAGAUGGACUUAAAAGAUAAUAGCAAUAAUAAAGGAAUGUUUUCUAGAAAAUUCCCUGAACAUAAUAAAAAUCAUUUACCUAAUAUAGACAUAAGCAAAGUUAAGAAAGUUAUUAAGAAGUUGGAAUAUUAUUUAUCAUUUUUAGACAGCUGUGAUAAUCAAGUAUGAUUUGUUUAUAUUUUGUAAAAUAAAGAUAUUUUAAUAA